AUGACCACCGCCGAAGAAAUUGAGCUACGCGAGUCCAUGGACGACGAUCGUGCCAAUCUUCUUGGUGACAAGAAACAAGCUACCAGCAAAGGCAAGCGACUCUUGAGCUGGCGGGAACUACCCGAAUGGAUGAAAGACAAUGUCUAUAUCACUGGUGGAUACCGUAAGCCUUCCGGUAGUUACAUUCGAUCCAUGUACAGUCUUUUCUAUAUCCAUAAUGAGAGUGUCAAUAUAUGGAGCCAUCUACUCGGCUUUUUGUUAUUCGUUGGAUUGGCCCUUCAUUUCUUGUGGACACAGCCAUUUGCAGAUAGCUUGACAACAUACGACUACAUCUACUUUUUCAGCUUUAUUGCCGGUGCAAUGACAUGUCUUGGUUUCAGCAGCAGUUUCCACUGUUUUUCAAACCACUCGGAACCAGUCGCAGCAAAAUGGAAUCGAUGCGACUACGCUGGCAUAGUAACAUUGACGGUUGGAUCAUUCUACCCAUUAUUGUAUUACGGAUUCCAUUGCCAUCCUACUUUACAAGUGAUUUACUUGAUUAUGAUUACCAUCCUCGGCGUCAUGACGACUGCUGUUGCCUUGCUUAAGCAUUUCCGAACACCUGCUUACCGCUGGAUGCGCACUACGCUCUUUUUGGCUCUUGGAUUGUUUGGCAUUGUUCCCACAGUGCAUGGCAUUCUACUUUAUGGGUUGAGUACAUCGUUGGAUACCAUAUCCUUGGGUUACUUGGUUUUGAUGGCCAUUUCAUACGUGGGCGGUGCCCUGAUUUAUGCAUGCAGGAUCCCUGAAAAGUGGUACCCGGGCAAGUUUAAUAUCUGGGGUGCGUCGCAUCAAAUCUUCCAUAUAUGUGUACUCAUUGCUGUCGUCGCUCAUUAUAUCGGUGUUAUGCGAGCCAUGGCUUUCUGGCAUACAAAGCAAGAGAACCCUCUUUGUCUCAAUUACAUGUAA